AUGUCAACCGGAAAACCUGCUACCCAAUACAAAGCUUGGAAGAAGCUCCAAGAACUUCACUCAUCCAAGCAAUCCAAGCUCGUUCUCAAAGAGCUUUUCAACUCUGAUUCCAAGCGAUUCUCAACUUACUCAAAGGAAUUCAAAGCUUCUUCACCAGAUGUAUCAAUCUUAUUGGAUUACUCCAAGAAUUUGAUCGAUGAAGAGGUUUUAUCCACUUUGUUCGAUCUCGCAAGGGAAGCUUCAGUUGAGUCAUUCAGAGAUGAUAUGUUCGCUGGUAAACACAUCAACACCUCGGAAGAUCGAGCGGUAUUACACGUAGCACUUAGAAACCCCCCUGCCGACCAGGGCGGAUUCAAGAUCAACGAAGCUGGUGUAGAUGAGGUUCACGGUGUAUUACAACAUAUUAAAGAAUUCAGUGAAUCAGUUAGGUCAGGUAGCUGGAAAGGUUAUACCGGUAAACCAAUUGAUACCGUUGUGAACAUCGGUAUCGGUGGUUCAGACUUGGGUCCAGUCAUGGUUUGCGAAGCCUUGAAACAUUACUCCAAGAGAGAUCUCAAAUCCUACUUUGUAUCCAACAUCGACGGUACCGACUUGGCAGAAGUAUUGAAAUUAUGUAACACCGAAACUACCCUUUUCAUCGUUGCUUCCAAGACUUUCACCACCCAAGAAACUAUCACGAACGCUGAAAGUGCUAAAGCCUGGUUCUUGGAAAAGGCUAAAGACCAAGCCCACGUUGCCAAGCACUUCGUCGCCCUCUCCACCAACGCCAAAGCCGUAACCGCAUUCGGUAUCUCCGAAUCCAACAUGUUCGCCUUCUGGGACUGGGUCGGUGGUCGAUACUCCCUCUGGUCAGCUAUCGGUCUUUCCAUCGCCCUUUCAAUCGGUUACGAUAACUUCCAAGAAUUGUUGAACGGUGCUCACGAAUUAGAUAAGCACUUCAAGACUGCUCCUCUUGAGGAGAACUUGCCCGUCAUCUUGGCUUUGGUCGGUAUCUGGUACAACGAUUUCUACGGUGCCCAAACCCAAGCGCUCCUCCCAUAUGACCAAUACCUCAAGAAGUUCGCUGAUUACUUCCAACAAGGUGAUAUGGAAUCUAACGGAAAGAGCGUCACCAAGGAUGGUUCCAGAGUAGAUUACGAGACCGGACCUAUCAUCUGGGGUCAGAGUGGUACUAACGGUCAACACGCUUUCUAUCAACUCAUCCACCAAGGUACCAAGCUAAUCCCAGCCGAUUUCCUUGCUCCCGUUGAGACCUUGAACCCUAUCUCAGGUGGUAAACACCAUGAGAUCUUGUUAUCCAACUUCUUUGCCCAACCUGAAGCCCUCGCUUUCGGUAAGACCGAACAAGAAGUAAGAGAAGAACUCGGUGCCGAAGCAUCCAAGAAUGCAGCUUUGGUCAAAUCCAAGAUCUUCGAGGGAAACAAACCUACCAACUCGAUCUUGUUCCAAAAGCUCACUCCUGGUACGCUCGGUGCUUUGGUAGCAUUGUAUGAACACAAGAUUCACGUACAAGGUGCUAUCUGGGGUAUCAACUCUUAUGAUCAGAUGGGUGUGGAGCUUGGUAAAGUCCUCGCUAAGAAUAUUCUCAAACAACUUGGUAACGAGAGUGAUGUCAAGGGACACGACAGUUCUACUACCGGCCUGAUCCACUACUACCAAAAGAACAGAAAGUAA